AUGAAGGUGAUGAUCGCUCUGCUUCUGAGCACUUUGUGCUUUGAAGUCCUCAAUGCCCAAUGCCCAGAAGCCAAUGCGUUGAAAGACGCAGAUGGCGUGAAGCUUUGCGCACGUAUGUUUGAGGACAGUCACUAUUAUUACGAGCAGAGUUGUGGGGGAGAGUACCUUGAUGCUUACCCAGGUGAGGACGUCCCUAUCAUCCCAUGGCGCUGGAACAACCGCAUCUCUUCCUUGGUGGUAUCAAGAGGUUGCAGCCUUACUGUUUGGAAAUACACCAAGAAGAGAGGAAGCAAAUCUAAAUUCGGUGCUGGAAUCAAAUAUCGCCUCAAAGAAACGAUGCAAGGUUUUUUCGGCGAUUGGGAAAACGACAUCUCUGGAUACUACUGUGUGUGCUAG